UGGACUUAGGCCUACUUUGCUAAUUAUGAAUUCCGGGAGACUUCGAGUACACCAUUCCCAUGAAAGGAGCUGAGGAUUUGUACCGUGGCUUUUCUUCCAUCCUUCCUCAUCCUUCUAUACGAAUUGCGUUUCUUUUUGUUUGCACGGUCUUUGAUCAAUGAAACUAAUUCUGUUGAUGUCUUUUUAAAAAAAAUAACCAAAGUGUGAGCUGCUCAAAUUCCUAUCUUUUGUGAAUGAAGUUGCCCACUGAGGAAGAAAAAGGUGGAUCACAGCCAGUAACUAGUCAGGAGACGUGGUGGAGUCGCAAAGAAUUUUCUUUGCUUUGGAAGCGAAACAGCGAACGUUGUUAUAUCAAUUAGUCUAUUUUCUUAAAGCUGUCCAAAAACUCAAACCAUGGGAGCUGGUACCAAGCUUGCGUUUGUUGUGUUUUUGAUAUCGUGCUCUUCGGGUGCUAUACUUGGUCGAACCGAGAAGCAAGUAUGCAUUAUCUAUAACGCCAGUAGGGAUAAAGAUCGAGCAAAUAACACCGCGAUUGAGAACUGCGUUGAAGAAAAGGAUAAACGGGGACACUGUUAUGCCACCUGGAAGAACAACUCUGGUUCAGUAGAAAUUGUAAAAGGAGGCUGUUGGCUGGAUGAUUGGAACUGCUAUGACAAGGGUGAAUGUAUCGAAACAAAAGAGAGCCCUGAGGUGUUUUUCUGUUGUUGUGAAGGAAGCAAGUGUAAUGAGAAGAUUUUUUAUGUUCCAGUCAUUACAGUACCAUCAACAUUAAAUCCCUUUACAACAAGGCAGCCACUCUUCAAUACUUUGCUUUAUUCACUAGUGCCCAUUAUGGGAUUUGCUGUGGUUGUGUUGUUCUCUUUCUGGAUGUAUAGGCAUCACAAGUUGGCAUAUCCACCAGUACUUGUACCAACACAGGAUCCGGGGCCAAUACCACCCUCUCCAUUGCUUGGUCUAAAGCCUUUGCAGUUACUAGAGGUCAAGGCUAGAGGGCGCUUUGGUUGUGUAUGGAAGGCUCAACUGCUUAAUGAGUAUGUGGCAGUUAAAAUAUUCCCAGCUCAGGACAGGCAGUCCUGGCAAAAUGAAUAUGAAAUAUACUGUCUACCUGGAAUGAACCAUGAAAAUAUUUUGCACUUCAUUGGGGCAGAGAAAAGAGGUUCAAAUAUUGAUGUGGAGUUGUGGUUAAUAACAUCAUUUCAUGAAAAGGGUUCUCUGACAGACUAUCUGAAAGCCAAUGUAGUAUCCUGGAAUGAACUGUGUCAUAUUGCUGAGAGCAUGGCAAGAGGACUAGCUUAUCUUCAUGAAGAUAAACCUGGUUUAAAAGAUGGACACAAGCCAGCCAUUGCUCACAGGGACUUCAAGAGUAAAAAUGUGCUGCUGAAAAACAAUCUCACUGCCUGUAUAGGAGAUUUUGGUUUAGCUUUGAGAUUUGAAGCUGGCAAGUCAGCAGGUGAUACACAUGGUCAGGUUGGCACCAGAAGGUACAUGGCUCCAGAGGUCUUGGAAGGUGCCAUUAACUUUCAACGUGAUGCAUUCCUCAGGAUAGAUAUGUACUCAGUGGGUCUUGUGCUCUGGGAAUUGGCAUCAAGGUGCACAGCUACUGAUGGACCAGUAGAUGAAUAUAUGUUGCCAUUUGAAGAAGAAGUGGGACAGCAUCCAUCCCUUGAAGAUAUGCAAGAGGUGGUUGUGCAUAAGAAGAUGAGGCCUGUUUUUAGGGAAUAUUGGCAAAAGCAUGCUGGAAUGGCCAUGUUGUGUGAGACAAUAGAAGAAUGUUGGGAUCACGACGCAGAAGCAAGACUGUCAGCAGGUUGUGUCGCAGAACGUAUCACUCAAAUGCGAAGACUUGUGAGCACAAUUACUACAGACAACAUAGUGACAGUAGUCACUAUGGUUACAAAUGUUGACUUUCCACCCAAAGAAUCUAGCCUAUGAUGGUUUCAGCUGUCAUAAACCAGACCAUCAGACUCUGCAGUAGAGCUGCUAUCUCCUGAAUUUAUUUCACUGGUUACAACAAACAAUUCAGUAUCUUGUCCUUACGCACUUAACAGAACUGAUAGCCAUUGCAGUGGCAAGUGGACAAUGGAGGCAACAGGUACUACAGUCAGUGAGUCAGUCAGAGGUGAUGUUGAAGAUAAGUGAUUGUUGGAAAGAUCACUUGCUAAUUCAUUACGCAUCACUCUGGAUACUGGAAGGUAACUCUUUACUUCCAGCAAAUAAAGCUAAGCGUGCGUCAAACGUCGCUCUCAAAUUUGACAGCGUGCGCUUAAGUGAAAGGAGUGCAUCAGAUAACUGGCUUAUCAUUGGAGAUGUCUCAGUCACUCAGAUGGGUUACUGUUAAUUUUUAACAAUAGUACAUUUGAUUUCAGAAAGAAGUGCGAUUCAUUUUUAUUGCAUUUAGUAUUUGCGUUCACAAAGAACUAUUGUAAUGCCAAUAUGACAUAGCUUGUGAAUGUUCAGUGUGCUGCUGUUAUACGUAUAAACAAAUCAAGGUUUUUUGGGACAUAGCAAAGAAGCUUCAAGCAUUACAUUGUAACCAUAAACCUCCCUCAACAAGGUAUACCUCAGUUUCCAUAUUUGAUAAACUAUAUUAGAAAUUUUAGUUUAACACUAACUGACUUUAAUUGACAGUUGACCUUAAUGUGAUCCGUGUAUUAAUUCACUACAAUUUAAAAAGAGUAAACUAUACCUUUCUAUGCCAAUGGGAGAAGGCUGUUCAAAAAAGUGCUUCUGCCUUGUUGUACAUGCUCCAGGUAAUUUUUAUCAUGCAGUGGUCCGCUUUUAAUAGCUCCUUUGCUACGCGAAGCUUUGGAAAUAUCUUUUUGCCCGAAAUUGGCUUUCAUAAGCACUUAUUUUAGUUUUGCUGUGUCUGUAGAGAGUUCUAAGAUUUACGCAUGCUUUUCUGUUUUUAAAUUUGCAAGAUAUAGUUAACACUGGAGGUGUUUUUUAAAAAUUUGAAUGCUUUUAUUUUGGAAAGUAAUAUAUCCUUUCAUUUUCUUUCAUUACACAUGUAAAGUGAUUUUACAUACCUAUUAUAAAUGCAGUCAUUAAUCUACUGUGUCACUACCAACAUAACCUCAGGAAUUUGUUACCUGAAACCCUCUCUGUUUUGAGUUGUGGUGACAAUCCUACACUAAUCUCGGUGCCAUUUCAGUAAACCUAGGAAAACUUACAAGGCAACACAGUUUUUUGUUUUAAAGAAAUAAUAUAUGCAAUGGAUACAUAAACAGCUGACAGGUACUAACUUCUGCUCCUCUGUAUUACAACAGUUUUAUACUUUUUGCAAACUGACAUGUCAAAAUUCACCACUGCAUUUGCUGCUCAGUUUACCUAUUCAGGGCCAGGGUUCAAUUACAUUUAACCAAGUGUAAACCAUGCAUUGCAUUGGUGCAGGUUUCCUAGAUGCCUCAGUACAAAACUGUAUAAUGUGGGUGAUCACCAAGACCAAUAGACCGCCACCGACUGCAAGUAGUGAUGAGGUGCCAAAUGUUCUGGAUAGAUGACACUAAAGUCUUUCCUACAUUUCUGCCAACUUUACAGUAGGAUCACUCAUCAGGCUAUAUUUAAGAGUAUUAUAAGAAAUUUCCUCAAUUAUGGUUAACUUCAUUUUGAGAAUAAUUAUUGUAAAUGAAUGGAAAAAAAAAGAAGUCACGUUUUAAAAAGUCUCAGUAUUCUAAGGGGGGUGAGUAACCAGCUAGAAGUUAAACACAAUGGUACCAAUGACAUAGUAGAGAAAAGGAUGAGAUCCUGCAAAAUAAAUUUAGGGAUGUAGGUAGUAGAUUAAAUAUUAGAAUCUGAAAGGUUGUAAUCUCUGGGUUGCUUCCAGUAUCUUGGACUACCAAGUGCAUGAAUAGGAGAGUACAUCAGAAGAAUGGAUAGCUAAAGGGAGAAGGGAGGUCUUUGGAUUUUUGGGUCAUUAACAUAUGUGGGAUCAGUACAGAAGGAUGGGUCGCACCUGAAUCAGAAUGGGCCCAAAAUCCUUGAGAGUUUUUCUCAUGCUUUCGGAAAGGUCCUAAACUAAUUUAGUAGGGGAGUCGAAUGCAAAAGGAUUGCAGAGCUGUGAGGGAGUAUACAAGAAUAACUAGAUCUGCCUUGUAAGCGGAAGGCCUGAUGAGUUAAAUUGCAUUGAAUUUGCUGUAAGGAGUUUAACUGGUACUUGGGGUUGCAGUAUUGUAGCUGUCACCGGGACAUUGUUGAAGUAGGAGCAAAAUUGGCAUCUCCAUGUUCCAGGGUAUAGAACCUUCAGGCAUGGUGAGGUGCAGAGGGGGAUAUAAAAGAGGAGUAGGUAUUGCAGUGAUGAUUAAUGACACUGUCACAGCAAUAAUAAGGCAGGAUAUCUUAGAAAAAUCUGCAAAUCUGCCAAAGAGUGAUACAGCAUGGAAGCGUUCCAACCACAGCAUCCUCCCUGCAAGCGCUUCUCCUCUGUGUAGCUAUCAAAGUGCCUCUAGAAUUGUGCAAUUGUAACUUCCAAGGGCAGCUUCCUUUUUACCAGAUGCUCACUACCCUCUGUGUAAAGAAACUACUUCUCAGGUUUCUUUUUAAAUCUCCCCCUUAUCUUGUAUCUGUGCCCUCCAGUUUUGGACUAAAAAAAUACAGAAUAUUUUAACCCAAAACAUAAACUUCUGGGAGAAAAUAUUAUGACUGCCCACCUUGCACAUUCCCCUCAUAAUUUAUUAAGCUUCUGAGGUCACUGCUUCCCCCCCCCCCCCCACUCUCCUGCACUGCAGGAAUUAAUGAUCCAGCAUGGUCAACCUCUCCCAAUAACUAAUAUCAUCUUGUCCAAGCAGCAUCCUUGUAAAUUUCUUCUGUGCUCUCUCCAGCUUGACAAUGUCUUUCCUACAACAGGGUGAUCAACACUGUUCACAGUGCUCCUUGUGUGACCUUGUAUAACUGCAACAUACUGUCUCUAUUCUUGAACCUGAUGCCCUGACCAGGCCAGCAAGAUAAAUCCUUUCAUUGCUACUUUCAACUUUUGCUCUUCUACUCCCAGGUUCCUCUGGUCCACAACACGUGGAACCCUAUCAUUCUUUGUAUAAGUAAAAUGCUGGUUUGGCUGUCCAAAAUGCAUCACCUCACACUUGGAUGUUAAAAUCCACUUGCCAUUCCUUAUCUUGAUCAGUUUGGGAGAUGGACUGUCUGUUCAUUGUAACCUACUUCACUAUCAACACAUCCCAGUUUAGCCCACUAAUCGUGCUAUAUGCAUUCAUAUCCAAAUCAUUUACAUAAAUAAUAACCGGUCAAACACUGACACCUGGGGCACUUCACUUGUCACAGGCCUUCAGUCAGAGUUUCAAGAAUCAACCAUCAACUUCUGCUUCCAAUAAUCAAUCCAGUUCUGAAUCCGCCUUGCUAGCUCCCCCCGAAUCCCAGGGAACCUAACCUUACACAGCAACUCACUCAAAAUGCUGGAAGAACUCAGCAGGUCAGGCUCUGGAAAAGAGUAUCUAUGUAACGAGUCCUGAAGAAGGGUCUUGGCCUGAAUUGUCGCCUGAUAACUCUUUUCCAUAGAUGCUGCCUGACUUGCUGAGUUCCACCAGCUUUUUUUGUGUGUUGCUCUGGAUUUCCAACUUCUGCAGAUUUUCUUGUAAUCAUCAUUCACCUGUAUGAUGAAGCUGGGCAAUUGGAUGAAGUACCAGUGGACACAAUGACAACUGUGCAAGUUUCAAAUUAAUUAUGGAAAGGAGAAAGGACAGUCUUGAAUUUCUGGCACUAAAUUAGGGGAAGGUUAAUUUCAACAAAAUCCUGCUAUUUGUGGGUUGGUCUACAUCGGGCAAAUGGCAUCAUAAAAGUGAGUGAAAGUUCAAGUCCAACAUGUUCCUGUAGAAGUGAUGUGAAUGGACCUCAAAGAUUUUACGAAGAAAGAAAGGUAGGAUAGGGUAGUUUUAGAGUAUAGAAAAUAGGGAAGGCUCUUUGGGAGACAGUGACACAGACAAGGGUGUUUAAGAAUUUUUGAGGAACAUGAAAUAUCACUGGCAAAUGAGAUCAAGGAAAAACCCUAAAGCAUCUUUAAGCAUAUUUAGAUUAAGACCAUAGCCAGAAUGGAAAUGAGAAUGGGGUGUCUCGGGUAUUGAAUAAGACUGACAGUCUAGGUUUGUUUUCCUUGCAGCAAAGAAGGCUGUGUGGAGGCUAAUAGUGAGGAAGAUAGUAGUAAGUUUCUUCCCUGUGUAAAGAUAGCUAUAACCAGAAGGCGCAGGUUUAAGGUGAGAAGCAAGAGUUUUAGAGGGGAUCUUUCCAUCCAGAGAGUAGUUACCUUUUGGAAGCGAUUUCCUGAGAAGGAUGGUCCAAGAAUCAUAAAAUCUUACAAUUCCAAAGCACCUGAUUUUUAAAAACUUGAGCACAAGCUAAUAUUUUCUCAAGUUUUUUAAAAAAUAUUCUUGGUACUUGCUAUCAUUAGUCCCUGAAUUUUAGCACCAGUGGCUUCUCUCACAAGCUUGCUUCAGUUGGUGUACUGUAAACAGCAACAUUGCAGAACAGCAAUAACCUUCAGGUAUCUCAGAUUAGAAGUAGAAUGAUAAGGCUAUGCAAACUUUAAAAAAAAAUCAAAAAUUUUGCUGUACAUGUGUUUUAUUAUAAACGGGUUAUUCACCAAUGAAAAUUUAGGAAUAACAUUUCUAACUUUCAGGUAAUUUCAAUUUAUUUUUGCAACAGUUUUCCUCCCUAUUGCAAGGUUUUUUUUUACCAGAAGUAUAAAAGUUUUUUUUUACCAGAAGUAUAAAAGUUUUUUUUUAAUUUAAAAAUCAAGCACUCUCUGGAUUAAUAUGCAUAAAACAAGUGCUUGUUUUUAACAUCAAAUUGCUUAAUAUACUGAAAUUUUAUUAUGCAUUGGCUCAGACAAGAAAAUUGUGGUGUCAAUACAGGAAAAUCUGUCCCCAUAUCUCAAACAGAGAGGGAAUAAAGGGCAAAUGCAAUGGUGUAUAUAUUCUACAUGCCCACUUGUACAGCCAUCGUCAACUGGUGCCCAUCUCAAAAAACACAAGUCAAUUUUUCUGCCGGGAGGAUUUUUCUCUACUGGGCACUUGUUCUACGGAGUGUGGUUUGUAUCAUUCAUCCACAUAGAAAUUGCAAUUACUUACAUAGCUGUGAUUUGGUAAUGUUUUAAAUGUCAAGUCUUUCCGUGCAGCCUACAGCGUUGCCUGAAAGGGGGUGAAUUUGUUAAUUAUGCAAUAUAAUCAUUAUUACUAUGUUGAAAUAUUUUUUGACCUCUCAAUUUGUGGAGCGAAUGAUACAAAUGCCAUUCUAUUAUUAAGUGUUGCUUACCUCAGAACUUGCCAACACGGUUCUUUAAGCAGUUUGUGAUACACAUACCUCUAAACAGUUGUUUGUUUUUGUCUGUAUCAAUGUACUGUGCAUUUGUGGGCACAAAUUACUGUAAUUCUCGAUAUGUACUUGGGGUUUUUGUUUUGAAAUUAUCCAGCAAAUGAAGGCCUAGGAAUGGCCUGGUUGGAAAGAUGGGAGAAAGUGUUGAAUACUGUACAGGAAUACUUGCUGUUCCCCAUAAGAAUAAACUAUAUAGUGACUGCUGUGU